AGCAAUUUACUCAGUUUCUUCAUUUGUGAAGUGGAUUGUUAGAGUAUUUACUUUAGAGAUUUAUUUUGUAAAUUAAGUGAGCUAAUCCAUGGAAAAUGUUUAUAAAGAUGCCAACUAUGUUAUUGCUCACCCUUAACUUUCUUUAUUAUUAGGAGUCCAUGAUCAUCAGGAAAUAAUACACAAAUAACCAUUAUUGCUCAUCCUCCAUAUUCUGGGCUUUGUUGUUUAUUACAGACCAGAGACAAUGAGAUAUGGAUGGAACAAACCAAACAGCAGUGACAGAGUUCAUUUUUCUUGGGUUUUCUAGUGUUCUCUAUCUGCGGCUAACUUUGUUUGUGAUAUUUCUCACUGUGUAUCUGCUCUCCCUCAUGGGAAACACUCUUAUUAUUUUCAUUGUUCUCACGGAUGUCACACUCCAAACACCCAUGUACAUUUUUUUAGGAAAUUUGUCAUUCCUGGAGAUCUGGUACACCACAGCCACGGUGCCUAAGUUGCUGGCCACCUGCCUCGCACGGGUUGUUACCAUCUCUGUUUUUGGUUGUAUAACCCAGUACUACUUCUUUUUCUCCAUGGGAGCUACAGAGUGCAUCCUGCUCGCAGUGAUGGCCUAUGACCGGUACCUGGCCAUCUGCAGCCCUUUAAGGUAUUCACUUCUCAUGAGUCUUCGGGUGUGCCUGCGGUUUUCAGCUGGAUCAUGGAUUGGGGGCUUCAUUGCCCCUCUGCUACCUACUAUACUCAUCUCCCAUCUAAGCUUCUGUGGCCCCCAGAAGAUCAACCAUUUCUUUUGUGACUCAGACCCCAUUUUUAAACUGUCUUGCUCUGAUACAUUUUUGGUGGAGGCCUUGGGGUAUACAUGUAGCUCUGUUGUGAUUCUAAGUUCUUUUCUUCUCACUAUGUCCUCAUAUGGGCACAUUGUGGUCACAAUAAUCAGGCUGUCUUCUCGGGAGGCUCGGAAGAAAACUUUCUCCACAUGUGCCUCCCACCUCACUGUAGUAUCUAUCUAUUAUGGCACCAUUAUCUUUGCUUAUGUUCGCCCUCCAGCCAAGUACAACUUCACUAUUGGUAAAGUGAUCUCAGUGUUCUACUGUGUGGUCACUCCAUUGGUAAAUCCUCUCAUAUACACCCUGAGAAACAAAGAUGUGAAGAAAGCUUUCAGAAAACUUCUAUCACAAAAGAGACUGCUCUUGGCCUGA